GGGGCAAGACAAGGCGCAUCUCUACGAUCUGGUGACAACAAGCGCCGCCGGUCCUGCCCGCCAGUGCGCGAAAGCGGUCGCCCCCAAUCGCAACGCAUCGAGCAUCAGACCAUUUUCGAACAUAUCCAGAGACUGGAAUGCUGGAGGUGGGGCCGCAGCUUCUGGCCCUGGCCGCCGCAGCGCUGGUGUGCGGCGCGCUCGCUCUGCUGGCCCUCGUCAACCUGUACUGCUUCCUCACGCUCGGAGUCUACCGCGGCAAGGAGAGGAUGGAGGGCAAGACCGUCAUUGUCACCGGCGCCAACUCCGGCAUCGGCCGGAUCACGGCUACAGAGCUGGCCCGGAAGGGCGCCAAGGUCAUCAUGGCAUGCAGAACCCUGGAGACAGCUAACAAGGCCAGAGACGAAAUCAUCAAGGAGACCAACAACCAGUCCGUGAUAGUCCAAAAAUUAGAUCUAGGUUCUUUUGAGUCUAUUAGAGAAUUUGCAGCAGAGAUUAUCAAGACAGAGCCAAGGUUGGAUGUUUUAGUUCACAACGCAGGCAUGGCUAAUACUUUUGGUCGAAAAACAUCACCUGAUGGAAUUGAAAUCACAAUGGCCACUAAUCACUAUGGCCCUUUCCUCUUGACACAUUUGCUAAUUGAUCUUCUUAAGAAAUCUAAACCAAGCAGAAUUGUAGUUGUGGCAUCAGAGCUCUACAAAUUUGCAAGUGUAGAUUUUAAUAAUAUGAACCCAACUCGCAAGUUACCAGCUUACUUGUACUACGUAUCCAAAUAUGCCAAUAUUCUUUUUACUAAUGAAUUGGCCAGGCGCUUGGAAGGCACUGGGGUAACAGCAAACUGCUUGCACCCUGGAAUGAUUGACAGUGGAAUAUGGAGAAACGUUCCAUUCCCUCUGAAUCUUCCUAUGAAGCUAAUCUGCAAAACUUGUUUUAAAACUCCUCAACAAGGUGCUCAGACAACCUUGUACUUGGCUUGUUCAGAGGAGGUAGAAGGAAUCUCCGGCAAAUAUUUCAUGGACUGCAAAGAGCACUCUCUUUCAAGAGGAGCGUCAGACAUGGACAGUGCCAAAAAAUGCUGGGAGGCCUCUGAAUCACUUGUAAAGCUGCAACCAACUGAUCCUAAGAUUUGAAGUUCAGAUACCAAAAAGAAAUCAAUUGGAAAGGUAAAAAAUUUACAUUACACCAACAGAUGAAACAAUGACAAAAAAUAUUGCAAGUAUUAUAAGCGUAUGCAUCUAAAAUAAAGUUAAUGUUAGUCCCUUCA